AACUAACACUUCUCUCUUUCUUUAAACCCAAGACAUUGUGUUUCAAAUUAUUGAACCCCCCCUCAUCUUGUUCCUGGUGAUCAUUUUUGAAGGGGUUUUUUUUUGCGUCAUAUGGACUGCUCAAUCUGCAGCUCACUUCCGGUGAUACUCCGCCCACCACGAAACACCAUUUGUGUGUCAUGUUACGACGGAGCAAAGUGUGUCAUAAAUUUGAUAAACAAGCUUCAAAAUGAUCGUAAACCAACUAAUAAUAACGUCUCUCCUGUUUCCCCAAUUGGAUCUUCCUGUAAGACACUCACUAAUGCUUCAAAAUGGAUAAUAGACUUAAAGAACAGAGAAGAUGAAUUAGAAGAUAAAAUCAAUUUCCUUGCCCAGUUCACGGCCGCAUUCCGCCACCAAAUCCACACCGAUAUUCAACUCAACCCCGGAUCACCCGCCUCCCCUUCCAUUUCCGCUCACAGAGCCCUCCUGGCCACACGAUCCGAAAUCUUCAAAAACAUACUCGAUUCAGACGGAUGCAAGGCUGCUCCGACCAACUCCACGAUCACGCUGCCGGAGUUGAGCCACGAGGAGCUGGAAUCGCUGAUGGAGUUUCUGUACAGCGGGGAUUUGGGGGAGGAGAAAGUGAAGAAGCACGUGUAUUCGUUGGCCUUGGCAGGGGAUAAAUACGAGAUUCCGUAUUUGCAGAAAUUUUGCGAGAGGUAUAUGUUGAAAUGGUUGAACUGUGAGAGUGCUUUGGAUGUAUUGGAAGUUGCGGAAGUUUGUUCUUGUAGAGCGUUGAAGGAAAGUGCGUUGGAUUUCAUUGUUAGAAAUAUGGAGGAAAUUGUGUUUUCUUCUGGAUUUGAAGCCUUUGCACUCAAGAAUCCUCAUCUCUCUGUCCAGAUUACUAGAGCUUCUUUAAUGGAUGCUAGAAAAAAUAGACCCAAUUCUUCUUCUUGAUUCAAAAUUUGGAUUAUUCAACCAUUUACAAAGCACCACCAAUCAAAAACAUUGCUUUGCUUUGCAUGUAAAGGAGGAACCAUGAGAUUAGAUUAAAAUAUUGGAGACCUAACCAUCACUUUUAUUUGAAAGAAAUAAUAAAAUUUUAAUUGAAACAUUGAGUUCUAUUCUGUAUAUUUUGCUAGUGAAUUUGUGUGUUUAGAGGAAAAGAUAGUGCUGGAAUGAUGAAUGGAAGAAGUAUAGAAUUCAAUGUCUCGUAAA